CAACGUAGUCCAAAUAGCGAAUUGUCUCUGAAGGUCAGUUGUGGUGCAUCGCUUGGUCUGAGUGCAGUGUUAUUGAGAACGUUACAAAUAUCUUCAGUUUUCCUAGACACAUUUUACAAUUUCGGCCACUAAUAUUACAUUGAUAAUUGCUGCAUAAACUGAAAACUAUUCUGGCCCGAGCGAGGAAAAAAGUUGGACAACCCUGACGUAAGAUAUCACAUGACAUAGUGCAAAGAACGUAGAAUGUAUUUGGUAUCCGGUUCAUGACGUGUGCUUCAGUGUUUAAAAUCUGUAAUUGAUAAUUCGAACAACGUGUUGCGUGUCUCGAAGUAAUUUGUAUUAAAAAUUCUAUUGGAGUGAUCAAUAUCUUAUCGUAGAUAAGAAAUAAAGUUUCCUCUUCACACGCGUCUACAUUCCUUAGUUUCUGAUCGAUUACAUGUGGAAUAAGGACAGUUUUAACAUUAUCUUUGUAUCAACUAAACGGUAAUAAUUCGCGACUAGUGACAUUAAGUGUUUCAUGACAAAUAAACACGCCGAAGUGAACAGUAUAUAAACACAAAGUACUAACAAUGCAGAACUCAGACAGCAAUGAUGACGAACACGAACUACAUUCAGAAACCGAGGACGAUGUUAAGAAAAAUAACUCUAAACACGAAGAAACUUCUUUUACAGCACAGGCGAAAAUUGCUAAAGAGGCAGAAUUAGGUGUAUCUGAAGAAACUGGAAAACAGUAUAAACCUUCGGAAAAAUGGAGGAUCAUGAAGAAUAUAGUUGUGAUCAGUUUAGCAUUCAUGGUCCAUUUCACUGCAUUCCAAGGAGCAGGAAAUCUACAGAGUUCUGUCAACGCUGAUGAAGGCCUUGGAACGGCAUCACUGGCAACCAUUUAUUUCUCUCUUAUACUCUCCAACGUCUUCCUGCCUGUUGUGAUGAUAAGGAAGCUGGGAUGCAAAUGGGCAGUGGCCGUGUCCUUUAUAGCCUACAUGCCGUACAUCGGGGCGCAGUUUUACCCCAAAUUCUACACCAUGAUCCCCGCUGGACUCCUUGUGGGGUUGGGCGGGGGCCCCCUGUGGUGCGGUAAGUGCACCUACUUGAGCGUCGUCUCCGAGAUCUACUCUGAACUCACAAACGUUCCUACGCACGCUCUAGUCGUCCGUUUCUUCGGAGUCUUCUUCAUGAUAUUUCAGUUCUCUCAAGUCUGGGGAAACCUCAUUUCAUCCACAGUGUUUUCAAUCGGAGAUUCGAACAGGACACUCUUCAGUAACGUGUCCGAGAUAUGUGGAAAGAACUUCUGUCCGGGCAACGAAGCCAACGAGAAUUCGAACAUGCAACGACCUCCGGAAGAACAGAUCUACAUGGUAGCCGGCAUAUACUUGGCGUGCAUGGCCAGUGCAUGCGUCAUCGUAGCACUUGGAGUGGACAGUCUCAAAAGGUACAAUGAGGAUACGCGCGAGGGAAGUGGUAAAGGGCUCUAUGGUUUCCAGCUACUCGCUAUCACGACGAAGCUCCUAAAAGAACGAAACCAGCUGCUCAUCAUACCCAUCACCAUGUUCCUGGGAGUGGAACAAGCGUUUGUUGGCGCCGACUAUACUGCGGCAUACGUGGCUUGUGCAUGGGGAAUCUCCAACAUCGGCUAUGUGAUGAUUUGUUACGGGAUAACCAACUCCAUAUCAGCCAUUGGAACUGGGUCUGUGGUCAAACUGACAGGCCGUGUACCCGUUGUUUGCUGUGCGUUCCUUCUACACCUGGGAAUCUUCAUAGGCCUACUUACCUGGGCCCCCACUCCAGACGACAAGAUAAUGUUCUUCGUUGUUACAGGGCUCUGGGGCAUAUGCGAUGGGGUCUGGCUAGUACAGAUCAAUGCCUACUGUGGAAUUCUCUUCCCUUCUCGAGAGGAAGCCGCGUACAGCAACUUCAGACUAUGGGAGUCUUUGGGUUUCAUCAUUGCCUAUGCAUACAGCAUGUAUCUAUGUGCUGCAGUUAAGAUUUACAUUCUUAUGGCCCUUCUAAUUAUUGGCAUGGCUGGCUAUCUAACAGUCGAGUGGCAAGAAAAGAAGAGAAUAUAGCAAUUACGAAACCUGUACCCUCUGUUAACCAUCAGCGAGAUGUGAAAAUCAAGACAAGCACUUUUCCCCCUUAUUUGAAAACAAAAAAUCUGGAAUAGCCUAAAUUGUUUAAUUAUAAAAUUAUUUUUCAGAAGCAUCUCCCCAUGGAAACCACGGCCCCCAUAGUUUUUCAAAACUUGAUGCCUACAUUACGUUUUCAGUAACAGA